UCCCGGGAAUACAGGACACUGCCACAGCAGCGUCCACUUCCAGUGCAGACCGAGACUCCUCCCUUCUUCUGCAUGUCCCUCCCUACCGGGUCAGCUCCAGGACGUCUGCCUUCUGCUGACUUGCUCUUCACCAUUUGACAAGGUGUGAACGUACCAUGGACUAUGGACAUAUCAGAGUACAGAAUGUUCUUCCACAAGGCGGCUUUCUAGAAAGAACGGCAUAAACUAUUCUAAGUGAAAAUACCCGAAAGCAAGGGCAUGAAGGGAUAUAUCCUGGCGAGUCCAUGUUAUCUCUGUAGGAAUGGCAAAGGCCUGGGAGGAAUAUGGUAGACUUUUUUUCACAUGACUAAAGAUGUAUCUAUCACAGAGGCCCUUUGUCAUUGUACUUUAUUUGCUUAAGCUAACUAUAAAUGUCACCUUGUGUUUUGUUGGCUUUGGUAAUACUGAGAGUUGCUUUGUGCUGCACUUGAGCUUGGAGGCCUGAAGUCCCAUGGUUGGUUUGUCCCCAUUCAGAUCAUUUGAUCCUUGAGACUUAGCUUUAGGGGCCACCGGGCUCAUUGAUCAUUUUUCAUCUGUGCGGGAGUGAGGUUCCUUGCUUUAUCCUGAAGCUUGUCUUUUAGAAAAAUGUGUCAUGGGGAAAAGCAAGAAUCCUGAAGGCAGACCCAGAAAAGGUGGGCUGCCGAAGGUCAAGCGUGUGUUCCCGAGUCUUAGCCUGAACCCCCACAGGCCAGUCUGUGGGUAGGCAUUGCCUACCCAGUCUAGAGCCCACUUGGCUCCUGCCUCACAGGCUGGACUCAGCAGUUGAGACCGUGGGGAAGAGCUGGGCAGGACUCCAGGCUUCCACACGUGGCGUUCUUGGGCCUAUGUUGGCUCUACCCCAUUCCGUGGGAGAAAAAACUUGGCUCUCCUGGAUGUAAAAAUUCCUUCUGUAAUUGGAGCUCAAGUCAGAAGAGCCUGUUGCCAGCAGCUUUGGGGAGCGUAGACUCCCUUGGGUCUUCCCAGCAGAGUCCAGCCCUGACGUCAAGACCCCAAUGGCUAACGAAGCUAACCCUUGCCCAUGUGACAUUGGUCACAAACUAGAGUAUGGUGGCAUGGGCCAGGAAGUUCAGGUUGAGCACAUCAAGGCAUAUGUCACCCGGUCCCCUGUGGAUGCAGGCAAAGCCGUGAUUGUCGUCCAGGAUAUAUUUGGCUGGCAGCUGCCCAACACCAGGUAUAUGGCUGACAUGAUUGCCGGAAAUGGAUACACAACUAUUAUCCCAGACUUCUUUGUGGGUCAAGAGCCAUGGGACCCAGCUGGUGACUGGUCCACUUUCCCUGAGUGGUUGAAAUCAAGAAAUGCCAGAAAAGUCAAUCGGGAGGUUGAUGCUGUCUUGAGGUAUCUGAGACAACAGUGUCAUGCCCAGAAGAUUGGCAUUGUGGGCUUCUGCUGGGGGGGUGUUGUGGUGCACCAAGUGAUGACGACAUACCCGGACAUCAGGGCGGGGGUGUCUGUCUAUGGUAUCAUCAGAGAUUCUGAAGAUGUUUAUAAUUUGAAGAACCCAACGUUGUUUAUUUUUGCAGAAAAUGACGCUGUGAUUCCACUUGAGCAGGUUUCUACACUGACCCAGAAGCUUAAAGAACACUGCAUAGUUAAUUACCAAGUUAAAACAUUUUCUGGGCAAACUCAUGGCUUUGUGCAUCGGAAGAGAGAAGACUGCUCCCCUGCUGACAAGCCCUACAUUGAGGAGGCAAGGAGGAACCUAAUUGAAUGGCUGAACAAGUAUGUCUAACAGCACCCAAGCACAAGGCAGCUGUUGCCCAAAUUUGCCUGAAUUAACCAUCUCUUAAUAUCCAUGAUAGCAUGACUAUUAGGGGAACCCGGGGCAAUUCAGGGACCAGCUAGAUUCUCAGAUAUGGCCUUACAUUGGCAAUUCGUGUUAAAAUGUACAAAACCAGGAAGAGCAGCUGUCACUAUGUAUAUUCAACCUCCCCUAAUGAGCAGUGUUGACAUUCAACCUAAUAAAGUGAUUUUUAAAACUUG